CACAGGCCGGUCAGCGUGCCAGUGCGUAACAACUUGUCUCUCUUGUUUCUCAUCUCUCCUCACCAUGUGAAGCGGGACCCUUCCAGCCAUUUGCCUGGUUACUCUGGUGAUGGUGAACAAGUGGUUCCAGAGCACCUCAUAGAUGAUUGGAUGAAGUUGUAACUAUGGUCACAAUCGGGUGGGGGGCAUGGGCCCGCUCUCCCUGUCGUUUCGUGCUGGUCAUCUGUGUACUUGUGUGUCUGUCCCAGCCACCCCCUAUCAAAACUGCAGACUGUGAUCGAAAGGAGCAUCCGGUCAUGUCCAACCAAGGUCUGAAGACAUGGAUGUCAGAGUUCUCACACCCAGGAGUAAAGGACUUUUCUCAACUGGUCUUGGACCUGAGCAGAAAGCAGCUUAUUGUGGGAGCGAGAAACUUCCUAUUCAGCCUUAGUUUGAGCAAUGCCUCCCUCAUACAGGCAACAGAAUGGACACCUGAUGACUACACAUUGCACUCUUGCAAGAGCAAGGGCAAGUCAGAGGUACUUCUUAAAAGGUCUCUUCAAAAUGUAGUCAAUGACACUGGCUCACGUCAUGCUUGUAUGCAGGAGGAGUGUCAAAACUACAUACGGGUUUUAUUGCUGAGCGGGAGGACACUUGUCACAUGUGGGACCAAUGCUUUCACUCCUGUCUGUAUGACCAGGCAGAUUGAUAACAUCAGUCAAGUGUUGGAGACAGUGAACGGUGUUGCGCGAUGUCCCUAUGACCCCCGCCACAACUCCACGGCCAUGAUAUCGGAGAAGGGUGAGCUGUAUGCUGCCACGGUAAUCGACUUCUCUGGACGCGACCCUGUCAUCUACAGGAGCCUGGGCAACAUGCAUCCACUGCGCACGGCCCAGUACAACUCUAAAUGGCUCAAUGAGCCUCAAUUUGUGUCUGCUUAUGACAUCGGCCGAUUCGCCUACUUCUUCUUGAGGGAAACCGCUGUUGAAAACGACUGUGGAAAGAUGGUGUUCUCACGCGUGGCCCGGGUGUGUAAAAACGACAUGGGCGGUCGUUUCCUUUUGGAGGACACCUGGACCACCUUUAUGAAGGCACGAUUAAACUGCUCACGCUCAGGAGAAAUACCCUUUCAUUACAAUGAACUACAGAGCACCUUCUACUUACCAGAGCAGGACUUGAUCUAUGGCAUUUUCACCACUAAUGUGAACAGCAUGUCUGCCACUGCUGUUUGUGCCUUCAACAUGACUGCCAUCACGCAAGCUUUCAAUGGACCUUUCCGCUACCAGGAGAACCCCCGCACUGCCUGGCUCUCUGCUCCAAAUCCCAUACCGAAUUUUCAGUGUGGAACGCUGGAUGAAGGCGGCACUGGUGGGAACCUGACCGAACGCAACCUUCAGGAUGCUCAGCGACUCUUUCUGAUGCACGAUGUGGUGCAGCCAGUGACAGUCAAUCCUCUGCUCACCCAGGAUAACGUACGCUUCUCGAAGCUGGUGGUGGACGUCGUGCAGGGCCGCGAUGCCCUUUACCACGUCAUGUACAUCGGCACCGAAUAUGGCACCAUCUUGAAGACUCUCGCCACGACAAGUACAAUUCUUCAUGGCUGUUACUUGGAGGAGCUCAGGAUCCUUCCUGAUGGGCAAACCGGAUCAAUCAAGAGCCUGCAGAUCCUCCACAGGGACAGAUCUUUGUUUGUGGGGCUUGAUGACAGACUGGUGAAGAUCCCAUUAGAACGAUGCUCCAGCCAUCCAACUGAGCAACGCUGUCUGGAAGCUCGGGACCCAUAUUGUGGCUGGGAUCACAAACAGGAGCGUUGCACAACUAUUGAGGACAGCGCUGACAUGAACCAGUGGACCCAGAACAUCACCCAGUGCCCAGUGAGGAAUCUGAAGCAGGAUGGCGGGUUUGGCCCUUGGGCACCAUGGCAACCCUGUGACCACAAUGACGGCGAGGGUUCCAUCAGCAGCUGCAUUUGCCGAUCCCGCUUGUGUGAUGGGCCUGUGGCCCGAUGUGGUGGGGUCGACUGUAAAGGCCCAACCAUUCAGGUGGCCAACUGCUCCAGGAAUGGUGGCUGGACUCCCUGGUCUUCAUGGGGUCAUUGCAGCAGCAGUUGUGGUGUCGGUUUUGAAGUGAGGCAGCGGUCCUGCAAUAACCCCUCGCCUCGUCACGGGGGUCGAAUCUGUGUUGGUCAAGGUCAGGAGGAGAGGCUGUGCAAUGAAAAAAAAACAUGCCCAUUACCGGUGUUGUGGACUGCAUGGGGGCCAUGGACUCAAUGCAAUGCUGAAUGUGGAGGAGGGGUACAAGCCAGGACCAGAACCUGUGAGAAUGGAAACACCUGCCCUGGAUGUGCCAUGGAGUAUAACGCCUGUAAACUGGAGGCCUGCCCUGAGGUGCGCCGCAACACCCCGUGGACUCCCUGGAUGCCAGUCAACAUCAGUCAAGAUGGAUCACGCCAAGAGCAGAGAUACAGAUACAUGUGCCGGGCAUUAUUAAAGGACGUCCAGCAACUUCAAUUAGGAAAGAAGAAAAUAGAGACCAGGUUUUGUCCAAAUGACGGUUCUGGAACAUGCCAGACUGACUCUCUGGUCAAUGACUUGGUAAAGUCAAGUGGUCGGAUUGUGUCACAGCCUAAAGAUAUACACUGGGGAUCUUGGGAAACAUGGUCCACCUGUUCCCAGCAAUGUUCCAGAGGCUUUCGAACCCGGAGACGUGGUUGCGCAACAGCAGAGGGCAGGACCAAUCCAAGUGCAUGUGUUGGAUCUCCGGUGGAUUAUCAAGAUUGCAACAUGCAACCAUGCCCAGUGGCCCGAGCCUGGACAUGUUGGUCUUCAUGGUCCCAGUGUUCUGUGAGGUGUGGGGGUGGCCACUUUCAGCGUACAAGGUCAUGUGACAAUCCACUUCCGGCCAAUGGGGGUGGGAUCUGUACUGGUCUACACACUGAAGAGGCACUUUGCAAUACACACACUUGUGAAGGUUGGGGGGUGUGGUCAGACUGGGGGAACUGCGAUGAGGAGGGCCUGCAGUAUCGCUCCCGCUCCUGCGGCGAAAACCAGGAAGCUACUUUGUGCCAGGGUAACAUAAGCCAGACUAGACCAUGCCAGACACAUGAGGUGGCAGUCAUUUUGCCUGAACAGGACCACAACUGUGGAACCUUCACGUUGUUCCAGCUGGUCGCUGUGGGCAUGGCCAGUUUUUUUGUAGCUGCCCUCUUGUCGGCACUGGCUGUCACCUAUUGUCACCAUUUGAGCCGACCCUCCACAGAGUCGGCGGUCAUCCACCCCAGCACGCAUAAUCACCUCACCUACAACAAACAUGACAAUGCAAUGCCAAAGAAUGAGAAGUACAUUCCCAUGGAGGUCGUGAUGCUACACAAGAACAAUCUUCACGUAAAUGACGACACUAGCCGCCAUUUCCCUUCCUCUGUCCCUUCCAGCAACAUGUUCACCAUCACCUACUACCCUCCCAACCUGAGCAAGUAUGACUUUCCACCAGAAGCGCCCUGCAGGGCGUACGUGCACAGCUAACAGCACAUCAGCUCAAACUGAAACACCAAAAUCCCCGUGGUGCUCAUAGAUGCUAAAAUACCCAAAUUUCCUUUUGAUGUUAUUUUUAGCAAACAUUGUCAACAUCUUAACAACCAAGCAUUGCCAUUUUGGGGGUAAAAGACAUAAGCAGCAUGAUACAUCACCAUAUAAAUAACUGAGGAAUACAUUUUAAAAAUGAAAACAACAAAAUCCCGAAGGAUAUGCUAAGCAAGCACAUAUUACUAUUAUUACCGUUUUAUUUCCUAAAACAAAAGACAUACUGUAGGUGUGUUACAUCACUCACAUUAUUGUAUGAUAUGAUAUUCAAUAUAUUUUUGUAUAAUGCACUGUUCAAAAUAAAUAAACUUGUCUGGUAGGACGGUUGAUGAGUGGUGAGCACAUUUGCCUCACUGCCAGUAGCUCCCUAAGUCCAAGAACACAUAAAUUAGGUUCACUCUGUUGUUGUGUCCAAAUGUCAGUGCUGUGAUUGACAGGUCAUCAGUCCAGGGUGCGCCCCGCCUUUCUCGUAAAUCAGCUGGGAUGGGCUCCAGUUUCCCUGUGAAACAUUUUGUAUUCAAUGGAUGAAUGGAUUAAAUAACUUGGUACCCACA